ACAACUAAACGCUAUGCUGUCAACGGUAAUUUUUUGUUGAUUUCAAGGUUAAUAUAUUCUGAAAUACUGAAUUAAAUUCAUCUAUAACAUGACAGUAAAUUGUUAUUAUUUGGAAACGAUUUAAUAGCUGCGAACGAAGUUUGCUACAAUACCGCACCUUUACCAAACGGAGGUUAUAGUUAAAUCAUACGAUAUGUUUAUCAGCUGAUUUGAAGUUGAAUAAAGAAUACAGUGCGAAGUCGGGCGUCAUCGGCAACAGUCGCCGACUUCCGUGACAGUUUGGCGUUUACCUGCUGUCGAGUGAGGAAAAAGUUUUGUGUGUCACUCGCGCGGUGAAAGUCGGCAGAUGUCGCGUGCCGAAGCGCUAACACUCCCAACUAUUUGCUUAUACCUUGAAUAAAUUAAUCGUACAUUUUGGAAAGUGUACCAUGGUGUAUCCCGCGACCGUUUUCUAAUAAUACGCUUAAUAAGGGCUCGGAAGGAAGUUUGUAAUAUACUUGAACAAUUGUUGCCGAUCGAAAAUGGCUUUGAAGAUGGAGAAAAAGAAUGAUCUUGACUUUAUAAUGAAGAACUUAUUGGCCGGAGGCAUCGCUGGAAUGUGUGCUAAGACCACAGUGGCGCCUCUGGACCGCAUCAAGAUCCUACUCCAAGCUCAAUCUUCGCAUUACAAACACCAUGGAGUGUUCGGCGGACUCAUGGCCAUAGUGAAACGGGAAUCCCUAUUGGCCUUGUACAAAGGGAAUGGUGCUCAGAUGGUCAGGAUAUUUCCUUACGCAGCCACGCAGUUCACCAGCUUCGAGAUUUAUAAGAAGUACUUAAACGGCAUCCACAUCCCGGUGGUGCAACACGGCGACAAGUUCUUGGCGGGCGCGGCGGCGGGCGUCACCGCGGUCACGCUCACGUACCCGCUGGACACGAUCCGCGCGCGGCUCGCGUUCCAGAUCACGGGCGAGCACCGGUACACCGGCAUCGCGCACGCCGCCACCACCAUGUUCCGCACGGAGGGCGGUAUCCGCGCGCUGUACCGCGGCUUCGUGCCCACCAUGAUGGGCAUGGUACCAUAUGCCGGCUUCAGCUUCUACUGCUUCGAGUCCCUCAAGUUCUUCUGCAUGAAGUACCUGCCCACCACGCUCUGUCGCAAGUGCGAGAGGAAUACUGGUGGUCUCGUGCUAACUGUGCCGGGCAAGUUGUUGUGCGGCGGGCUGGCGGGCGCGGUGGCGCAGUCCAUCUCCUACCCGCUCGACGUGACGCGCAGGCGCAUGCAGCUCGCGUGCAUGGACCCGCACACAGCUAAAUUCGGGUUAUUCAGCAGCUCGGGCAUGGUGAAGACACUGACGCUCAUAUACCGCGAGAACGGUAUAGUGAAGGGUCUGUAUCGAGGCAUGAGCAUCAACUACCUCAGGGCGAUACCAAUGGUCGCCACCUCCUUCUCCACAUACGAACUGAUGAAGCAGCUACUACAACUCGACACUGGCAUGAAAGUGUCGUAAAUUAAGACCAAAUUAAUUAGAUAUAAGAAAUUGUGAUUUCGAAUUUGUGAAAGUACGUUACGUGUUUGCUGGCAAGAAUUGGAUCAAAUAGUUUUUUUUUAAGGCAAUAUGGACUAAUGUUCCUUUGCCCAAUGGCACUCCAAAAUUUAAAGGAGCAUAAGUUAUUAAGAGGCUGUAUGAACUAAGGUUCCUUUGCUUAUAAUUUGGACUAAUAAUAAAAUAUGUUUUGCAAAGCGCAUUGUAACGUACGCUUCACUUUAACUCUAUGAUUAACGCGGAGGGCCGCAGGUCUCUCAAUAACUUUUAUCUGAUAAUUUCAACCGUCUAUUACUCGUUCGGUUUAGCCAUUUCUAUUUAAAAUGACUUGCAUUCCUCUAUAAUAUAGGAAAAUAUACUUUUUGGUUCUAUUCAUCUUGGUUAUUCGACAGCAGCUACUUGCAUCACCUACAGCUAUAAUCUGCGAGCCGGUUAGUAGCUCGUCGAGUUUAGUAGUUCUCUCACUCGCUAUAUCUUGAGCAUUACCUCACACCACUCGCAAAAAUAUUCAGACGAGUCAAACAUUCAUAAUUUGAAAGGUAAUUAGGACAGUAGCUGUCUACUAUCAAAUCGGCCGCUUUUACUUAUCUUUCAUGUCACAAACAAUGUGUCACAAAAACCUUAUUCGUUGAAAUUAAAAAAAUAUAUUUUGAUUCGUUAAAAUACACGGUGCCUUUUAUUAUAAAAGGUUUUUGUUACAUAUUGUCCAUUGAUAAAUACUCUACGAUGCAGUAUUUCUCGUAAAUAAUAUUCAGUAUUUGAAUUUCCGUUUUAUAAGGUCGCGGUUUAGAUUUUAACUUAGAUUUCUGUCUUGUAUUGUUGCGUAUCGCAUUUUGUAUAACUAGGAAUAAAAUACAAUAUAAUUAAGUACAAGCACAGAAAACAUAACUAAGUAUAUUUUCGUAUUUCAACUUAUAUAUUUAGGUACGAUAUUUUUGAUUGACAAGAUACAUUACCUAAUACAAGACUAGCAAUGAAAAGUGCAUAAAACUUAUUUAUGACAAUUUAUUAAAGUAAAUUCAGUCUAUAGGGGCAAAUCCGUCUUUUUGCAAUUACGGGCGUUCUAUUUGAAGGAUAGAUUUGAUAGCUUAUAGGUGACAGUAAAAAAAUCAGAAAUUUGGUGACCGGUGAAGGACAUUGUAACCA